AUGCGUAAUAAGACAGCUCCGCUCCUUAAAAUACCCGGGUUUCAAAUACCAUGUGUUGGCUUGGGAACGUAUAAGCUGGCGGUCGAAGAUGUUGCUCCAGCAGUCACUGCCGCUUUGGAAGUUGGGUACCGUCACAUCGACUGUGCUCAUCUUUAUCUAAAUGAAGAGGCCGUUGGAAAUGCGCUUAAGCAAUGGUUGGAUCAAACGAAGACCAAUAGGGAAGAUCUUUGGAACACCUUCCACAGGCCUGAGUUUGUUGGCCCUGCCUGUCGUGCAAGCUUGGAACGCCUCAAAUUAUCCUACCUUGACUUGUAUCUUAUACACUGGCCCGUUGCCUACAAACCCGGUGACGAUUUACUUCCUGUGGAUGAGAAAGGGAAUACUCUCUUUGACGAUGUUGACAUAAUAACCACGUGGAAAGCAAUGGAAGCUCUUGUAACAGAGGGCCUAGUCCGCCAUAUCGGGCUCUCCAAUUUUAACGAACUCCAGAUACAACGAAUCAUUGAUUGCGCAAAUAUCAAACCUGUCCUGCUACAAAUCGAAAGCAACCCAUAUUUUCCUAACCAAGCUCUUAUUGAUUUUGCUAGAGCCAAUGGCAUUGUGUCCGCCGCCUAUGCUCCCCUUGGCUCUCCAUAUCGAGAUGCGUCCUGUCGUUUGAUUGAUGACCCUGUCCUGGCUACGAUUGCAAAGAAGUAUGGCAAAACACCGGCACAAGUCGCGAUUCGUCAUGGAAUCCAACGCGGUGUUUCUGUCGUACCCAAAAGCCGCACACCGGAACGAAUUAGAGAAAACUUCGAGGUUUUCGAUUUCGAGCUAACUGAAGAGGAAAUGGGACAAAUCGCCACCCUCGGGUCCCACCAGCGUCAGGUUCGAGCGGACCCAAUGCGCGGCAACCCUGAGUUCCCCUUCCUCGAUCUACUUUAA